GCCGACCCCGGGCGGGCGCCGGGGCUGGAGCCGGGGUUCCGGCCGCGAUCGGCUGCAGCUCUGCCGGGAGACGGCGCGACCCGGCGGCGGGGCCACCCGCGAGUCCAGCGCCGCCGCAGCCCCCCAAUGCGGCCGCAAGAAGCAGCAGGGGGGGCAGGCGAUCGAAGCCACUAGACGCAUCAUCUCCUAGAAGACCAGCGUUCUCGUAAUCAUGGAGGCCUCUCUGUCCUUUCUGUGACUGGAGCAAUGCUGACCUCGGUUUCCUGGACCCAUUCUGACUCAGGAGCCUUCACGUAAAUGGGUCCAGUCAUGCCUCCCAGUAAGAAGCCAGAAAGCUCAGGAAUUAGUGUCUCCAGUGGGCUGAGUCAGUGUUACCGGGGCAGCGGUUUCUCCAAGGCCCUUCAGGAAGACGAUGACCUCGACUUUUCUCUGCCUGACAUCCGAUUAGAAGAGGGGGCCAUGGAAGAUGAAGAGCUGACCAACCUGAACUGGCUGCACGAGAGCAAGAACCUGCUGAAGAGCUUCGGGGACUCGGUCCUGCGGAGCGUCAGCCCCGUCCAGGACCUGGACGAUGACACGCCCCCAUCCCCUGCCCACUCUGACAUGCCCUACGAUGCCAGGCAGAACCCCAACUGCAAGCCCCCCUACUCCUUCAGCUGCCUCAUAUUUAUGGCCAUCGAGGACUCGCCAACCAAGCGCCUGCCGGUAAAGGAUAUCUACAACUGGAUCUUGGAACAUUUUCCGUAUUUUGCAAACGCACCUACUGGGUGGAAAAACUCAGUGCGACAUAAUUUGUCCUUGAAUAAGUGUUUUAAGAAAGUGGACAAAGAGAGGAGUCAGAGUAUCGGGAAAGGGUCAUUGUGGUGCAUAGACCCAGAGUAUAGACAAAAUCUAAUUCAGGCUUUGAAAAAGACACCUUAUCACCCACACUCGAAUGUGUUCAAUACACCUCCCGCCUCUCCUCAGGCAUAUCAAAGCACAUCAGGUCCACCCCUCUGGCCGGGCAGCACCUUCUUCAAGAGAAAUGGAGCCCUUCUACAAGGUUCACUGUCAAGCGGGCACUUCGAGAGUCUGCUGGAAUUACCUCUCUGGCUCAUCCUGCUUCCCACCCUUGGGGCCCUUCACCAGAGCCAGAUUGGAAGCCUGGCGUUUCAUGCCCAUGUGAGCGUGCCAUCCGUGAGGAGAACCUGCCUAGUUAACUCAAGGCCCCACAAAGUGCCGCUGUGUUUGCUGAGUGCCCUGGGUGAGGCCCCAGGGAUGCUUCCCGGACUACCUGAGAGGUUCUACAAAGACUUUGCUCAGCCAAGCCAAGGCCAGAGGCCAGGUCACAGUUGUGGGAAGACCUGCCUGUGUCUGUAUCCCUGGGGCUCCUCUAAACCUGCCGGUUUGUGAGAUGAUUUCAUGGUUUCUUUUACAUGUAUCAAAUGUCUACCCUACAAAGAACUGGAUGGAGUUAACAGCUGAGCAAAGAUUAGAGAGGAACCUACUUUCAUUUGGGAAAAACAGGACCAUACCAUGUGUACAAGACAGAAAUUUCUACAGAUGCUUUAUGAAAGAAAAAAUAUCUUACCAAAGUUACUACUGCACAUUCAGCAGUUAGCAGUGCGGCACUAAAAAGAGUACGAACAAAUCUGUAAAUGAAUUCGUGUUCAGGAUCAUGCUCGAAGUAUUCCUCUGGAAUCUUUUCUCGCUGAAAGGAGAAAAAAUGCAAUUUAAGUAUCCAUGGAAGAAAAAUACUUAAAAGUACCCUUAAGAUAGCAGUCUUCACACUUGGGCCCACGUGCCCCUUAAAAUAAUUUUGAUUGGGUGACAUGUCUUGUAGUCUUUUAAAUAUAAACAAUGGGAUCCUAAAAUACCACAGUGAUCCAGUAUUCACCACCAUUCAUUAAAGAAAAAUACAGGCACAACCGCAGAGAAUUUAUGUAUUUCCACGUUCCUCCCCACAGAAUUCUAACCAAAUGUAAACUAUUGGGUUGGCCAAAAAGUUCAUUUGGUUUUAAGUACAAAUAAAAGACACAGUUUUCAUUUUCACCAAGCAUUUUAUUGAACAAUAUAUUCACUAACCAAACAAACUUUUUGGCCAACCCAAUAUUUUUAGGCUCAGAAGUCUUGCUGAUCACCAUAUGUCAUACUUUUCUGUCAUCAACUUUGAAAACACAUUCCCAGUGUCCUGUAACCAUAAGGCUCUAAGAAUGUGCUGUCCUGUACAGCAGUCGCCAGCCACGUGUGGCUACAGAGCACCCGAAGAAGUGAAUUUUAAAACUUUGUCAUUUUAAUUCGUUUAAAAUUUAAACAGUUUUCUAAUUUUCUUCUUACAGGCCUUAUCAUAUUAGGUUUAUUUACAAAUAUUUAUAUUGUUUGAUGCUAGGGAAAAUCAUCCUUUAAAAAGAUACAUUUUCUGUUACUUGGGUAUGUUUACUUACCUGCUCACUAUUCAUACAAAGUGCAACUCGGUUCAUAUCCAUCAACCCCUUAGACAACACGCCUUCGGGAAAAUGACUAGACACAACAUGGCGUGGGGAAGAAGACUUAAAGGAAGAUGAAUUUGACUUCGAGCUGGAGGAAGUAAUUUUCUUCUAGUAAUUAAUUUCAAAGCAAAUCAGCGUGAAAUAAACACAACUGUAUAAGAGAAAAAUACAACUUCAAUAAAACUGACACUUACUGUGAGUGGAUGUAAUCUCUCAUCAAAAAUAUCCAAGGAUCUAUCUGCAGCUCUAUAAAAUAAGAAUGUGUAUUUAAAAAAUUAAUUCAGGAGUUACUAUCUUAGUAAAAUAUCUGCUAGGAGUAGAGAGAGGGGUAGAGGAAGCUUAACCUUCAACAAAGCAAACAGUUUUAUCAAUUCUUCUCCUGGAUUCCACCCUUAGAAAGGUUUCCUGACCUAUUUUUACUCAGCACAUCAAGUUCUGUGAAAUCUUUUCUACAACAACCAGCCAGAGUUGCCUCUAUAAGCACUGACCCUCCCUAACAGGCAAUGCUAGUAAACCAAUAUAUUUUCACUCCUCUAACCUCACACUGGAAUAUGCAAGAACAUUUUAUAAAGCAGUGGUGGUGGGCAAUAAAUUCUUCUAACUUCAA